ACUUAUAAAUAAAUCCCUAAUGGGCAAUUUUUUUACCCCAUCAGAACCCAAAAUAUAAACUUGUUUUACUCCUUUGUUUUCAAACAAAGUAAUUGUAAACAAACACUGUAUAGCCUCAAAACAUGGUUAAAACUAUAAUCUCAUGGCUGGUCAGUCCUUGCAUCCAUAGCUCUGUCUAUGAAUUUGAGAGUAGCUACAUUUCUCCAGCCCCAUCCUUCAGCAAUUAACACUAUUUAGACUUCAUCACUGGAGAAGUCCCUACCUCAGACCUGGAUGUACAUGAGAUCGGUGUAUCUGGCCAUAGGGCCAUUACAAUGUCUGUGAGUACUCCUGCACUUCAGCUCUGCCAUAAGCACACUAUUAAAUUAAAAAACAAGUCCCUUGACACGUCCGUCUUCCAGGAGUUUGUUUGCCCUGCCCUACAAGCUGACUGUCAUGAGUCUGAUAUCCCUGUUGAGAUAGAUGGUUGACCUGUAUAACAGCACUCUAAGGAACACCUUAAACAGCCUUUCCCUUGAAAAAGUAUCCUUCCAAAUAUCCUUCCAACGGUUCACAGAGGAGCUGCUUAGCAUGAAGACCCAUGGCCACAAGGGAGAGCGUCUGUGGAGAUGUGCUGGCCUAAUUGUCCAUCUACUGGUCUAUAAAGACUACCAGGCUUGUUAUUUAAAAGCAUUAAAAGCAGCCCACUCCACCUUCUACUCUGACAACGACCGAGGAAAUCGUAAGACUUUGUUUUCCACCAUCAGUCGUCUUCUCCAUCCUACAGACUCUGGCCCUCCCACAGCAACUACUGAACAAUGCAACAGAUUUUCUGAGUUCUUUAAGGCUAAAAUCAACACCACCCGAGUGAACAUUGUAUCCUCCAACUCUAACCCCACUCUGACUCCUCCUUCUUUUAGACCUUAGUACUGCUUUCGACACAGUAGAUCACACAUUCUACUGCAGCGCCUCAGAGAGCACACUGCCGUCUGUGGGACUGCCAUAAACUCUAAUUAAUUCGCCGAAUACAACAGGGAAAAGCUUAUUUACAAGCCCUUAAUUAAGGAUCGGACCCUUUUUUUUUUUUUUCGCCAAAAAUUAUAUACCCAAAUCUAACUGCCUGUAGCUCAGGACCUGAAGCAAGGGGGCAGACAUAGCAGGGGUUCAAAUUGUAGAACCCAGUUCCUACAUUUUAAUAUAAAAAUAGAUUUUAUUUUAUAAAACUAUGCUACAUUUUAACUCUGGGACCCUCAGGAUGACAAAUCAGAGCAAUAUUGCUGAAUACUGAAGACCUUGGGUUGUAUGACUCUGGAUGAUCUAGCCCAGUUUGACAGCCAGUUGCAGCUCUCUCUUGCUGCGUGGGGAUACUACUACGAAGACUACAUCAAGCUGUCCACAGGCGUCAAGGUUCUCCAGGCCUCUAGGGGAAGCCGCGACCAGGACUACGAGAUCCAACUCGUGCACAGCCUUGCUGAAAGGCGCCUAAAUGAGAAGUGGUCUAUCGCGGGAGCUUUUAUAUUUGGCUGUACUGUGGCACUGUGCUUUCUGAUAAGGGACCUCAUGUUUUACGUGAUUGGUGGAAUUACUGUUUCCAUCAUAGCGUUUGUCUUUACCAUCAAGUUCCUAUGUGAGCUUGCUGCACGGGUGGUUAGCUUCCUGCAGAAUGAGGACCCCGGGAGAAGGGGCGACCGCAGCAUCUACGACUAUGUACGAGGGAACUACCUGGACCCGCGCUCCUGCAAGGUGUCCUGGGAUUGGAAGGACCCACAGGAAGUGGGCCAGACUAUGAGCUUCCGUGUUCAGCUCUUCUACAAGAACGGCCAGCCCUUCCCUGCCCACCGACCCGUGGGGUUAAGGGUCAACAUCACUCACAUAGAGCUGGCCCUAGACAUCCCCAUCACCCAGGAGGUUCUGCAGGAGCCAGAGUCCAAUGUGGUCAAAGUGGCCUUCACUGUCCGCAAGGCCGGACGCUAUGAGGUAGCUGUCAAACUGGGAGGACUCAACGUGGCCUACAGCCCUUACUACAAGAUAUUCAAGCCAGGGACAGUGGACCCGUCCAAAACGAAGAUAGCCUACCACUUCUCCACACUGGUCUUAGUAUAUGGCCAGCAGCAUACCCUGCAGAUCGAGCCUCGGGACGAGUAUUGCAACCCCACCAGUAACUCCACCUCACUGAUAGACGAAGUCAACUACAGCGUCCACGUCCACUCGCUGGGCACGGUGGAUGACGACAGCCUGGAGGAGUACUACAGUAAGUCAGUGACGUCCAACAAGCAGCUGUGCCAGGUACUGCUGAAGAUCACCCUUAGGAAGAAGGGCUGUUUCCAGGCACGCAUCUCCUAUAACGACCUGCCCCUCAGCAACGGAGAGUUCCACAUCAUUGUUCUCAGUGAGAAUGAGAAGAACUGUGUGGAGAAGAACGUGUCCACCACAGGGAUCAGCAUCUACUUUGAGGCGUACCUGUACGGCUCAGGGAACUACAGUAACUACAGUAACUCCUCGUGGCAACUCCCAGCCUCGGCUCUGAUGGCCCCUCAGAGACGGCCCUCCAUGGGGGACGAGGAGGACGAGCAUGACUCCCCUGUAGAGGGACAGCCGGAGAAGGUCAAGAAACCAAAAAAGGUCUACUGCUACAUAUCGCCAAAGCAACUGUCAGUGAAGGAGUUUUACCUGAAAAUCAUUCCAUGGCGCCUUUUCACCUUUCGAGUUUGCCCAGGGACAAAGUUCACAUACUAUGGCCCUGACCCCGUUCACAAGUACUUGACUCUUGUAGUGGAUGAUGGGAUCCAGCCGCCAGUGGAGCUGAGCUGUAAAGACAGAAACAUCAUGGCUGCCACCUUCAUCCGUUUCCUGCACAAGAAUAUCGGUGGCUCGGAGACAUUCCAGGACAAGGUGAGCUUCUUCCAGAGGGAGCUCAGACACAUCCACUCCAAGAGGCCUCGCACCAAGACCUGCCUGAAGAUCACACGCCACUGCAUCCUGGACUCUUCUCUGAAAUCCACCCGGAACUUCUCUGUGUCAGAUUGGAGUAAGAACUUUGAGGUGGUGUUCCAGGAUGAGGAAGCUCUGGACUGGGGAGGGCCGCGAAGGGAGUGGUUUGAGCUCGUCUGUAAGACCCUGUUUGACACCACCAAUCAGCUGUUCACUCGCUUCAGUGACGACAACCAGGGCCUGGUCCACCCCAACGCUGAGCGGCCGGUCCACCUGCGUCUGAAGAUGUAUGAGUUUGCGGGGCGCGUGGUGGGGAAGUGCCUGUACGAGUCAGCCCUGGGCGGGGCCUACAAGCAGCUGGUCCGCGCUCGCUUCACCCGCUCCUUCCUGGCCCAGCUCAUCGGACUCAGGAUGAACUACAAGUACUUUGAGACGGAUGAUCAGGAGUUCUACAAAACGAAAGUCUGCUUCAUCCUAAACAAUGAUGUCAGUGAAAUGGACCUGGUGUUUGCUGAGGAGAAGUACAAGUCAGGACAGCUGGAGAAGGUGGUGGAGCUGAUAUCUGGAGGAGCUCAGAUUGCUGUCAACAAUGAGAACAAGAUGCAUUAUCUGAACCUGCUGGCCCAGUACAGGCUCGCCAGUCAGGUGCGAGACGAGGUGGAGCACUUUCUCAAAGGUUUGAAUGAACUUGUCCCAGAGAACCUCCUGGCCAUAUUUGAUGAGAAUGAGCUGGAGCUGUUGAUGUGCGGUACGGGGGACAUCAAUGUCCAGGACUUCAAGGCCCAUGCUGUGGUUGUAGGAGGGUCGUGGCACUUCAGAGAGAAGGUGAUGAAGUGGUUCUGGGCCGUGGUGUCCAGCUUCACCCAGGAGGAGUUGGCUCGCCUGCUGCAGUUCACCACCGGCUCCUCCCAGCUGCCCCCUGGGGGCUUCAACACCCUCUGCCCCUCCUUCCAGAUCAUCGCUGCUCCCACACACAGCACCCUGCCCACCGCACACACCUGUUUUAACCAGCUUUGCCUCCCCACCUAUGACUCCUAUGAGGAGCUGCACAAGAUGCUGAAGCUGGCCAUCAGUGAGGGCAGUGAGGGCUUCGGCAUGCUCUGAGUGGCCCUAUCCCUGGAGCUCACCCCCAGACUCUGGUCACACUGUGGUCCUGCUCAUACAGCAGUGGGGUGCCAAUGACACCAGCGCCAACCAGGCCCCUGGUACGCCCGUUACCCGCUCCAUCCGCUUUGGACAAUGAACAUCCCUCCUCGACUCACACGGACUAUCCAUGAUCCUCUUUCAGUGGUAGGAAGUCCACAGGACCAGUUGGCUCUGGGACGUCUUCAGGUGUCUGCACUAUGUGUAUAUACUGUACAAUGUUUGCUUUUCUAAUGAAGAACAUGACCUAGUGUUAGAAAAGGCUGGGUAGUUUUAUUCUAGAUGUUAGAGUUGUUUAAUUUGAUGUUUUUGAGACAGAAUAUAGAGCUAGUUAAAGAGCCUAGUGAGCUUGGUGUUGUUUUGUUUUUUUGAAUUUUAUUUUGGAAAAAAGCUGAGGAACAUUUAAAUGCAAAAGCAGCCUACACAAAGUGUGGAGAAGCUGCACACCCCAUAGCACUUUGGCCUUACCUGAUCAGGGAAGGGUGUGUGUGUAUAUAGUGCGAAAAGUAUGAAAAUGUAUGUACUCAUACUUUAAGUCGCUCUGCUAAAUUAUUCAAAUGUAAAAUGUAUAUACAGUAUAUAUUAUAUCACUCUUUCAUUUCAAUAUGUGUACAUGCAUGUUAAAAGGUUGUCACGUUAUAGCAACAGUUGAGAUAUAUUUUCAAACAGAAGGGACUAAAGAUACUUGAUAGAUCUUUGAGGUCAUACUUUUUUAUUGGUGGGAGUUUAAUAUAUUACAGCUGAUUCAUAUUUUUUUUUAGUUAUCAUCGUUUCAAAUCGACAAUUGGCUUCAGUGUUCAAAUACAUUUCACCCAUACCGUUGAUGACUUGUUGAUGGCAAUGUUAUUUGUCUUGAGCCGUAACAGUUUUUGUUUUAAAACCUGCCUUAUUCAAGCCCUUUGCCUCUGACUUAAUCUGGAGAAGUGUGUAGUUAAAAGAAGCCUAGACUAGCAGAAGUAUAACAACAGUGAUAUUACUAUAAUAUUACUGUUGGUAGUUUUUGCAGUGGAAGUUUGACAUGGGAAUAUCAAUUGGAUGUUAACAUGUGAAGAGAUCGGAACUCAAGGUUAUCUUGAUAGCUGUCAUGUCUUGUGGUCUUGACUGUUGGUUUUCAUUCACCGCCUUGUCUGGGUUUACCUCUGAAUCUCAUCUAUGCAUCCCCUGUGUGUGUGUCCCUGUGUCCCUGCCCAUGGUUGUGUGAUCUGAUCUGCCUCCUUUCUAACUACUACCCAUAGUGUGCUGUCUCUGACUCCUACAACUUGGUAGAUAAGCCACCUGAGAAAGGGAUACUGAGACAGGAAACACAAGAUGAAUAUUUCUUCAGUGGUGGAAAAAGUACCCAAUUUUCAUACUUGAGUAAAAGUAAAGAUGCCUUAUUAGAAAAUUACUCAAGUAAAAGUCACCCAGUAAAAUUCCCCUUGAGUAAAAUCUAAAAAUAUUUGGUUUAAAAUAUGCUAAGUAUCAAAAGUAAAUGUAAUUGCUAAAAUAUACUUAAGUAUCAAAAGUAAAAGUGUAAAUAAUUUCAAAUUCCUUAUAUUAAGCUAAUCAGAUGGCACCAUUUUCUAGUUUUUUUAUUUACUUACGCAUGGCCAGGGGCCCACUCCAACAUUCAGACAUUAUUUACAAACGAAGCAUGUGUGUUUAGUGAGCACCAGAUCAGAGGCAGUAGGGAUGACCAGGGAUGUUCUCUGGAUAAGUGCGUGAAUUGGACCAUUUUCCUGUCCUGCUUAGCAUUCAAAACGUAACAAGUACUUUUGGGUGUCAAGGUAAAUGUAUGGAGUAAAAAGUACAAUAUUUUCUUAAUGUAGUGAAGUAAAAGUAGUCAAAAAUAUAAAUAGUAAAGUAAAGUACAGAUACCCCAUAUUACAGUGUGCAGCUAACCACAUGUACAGGCUAUUUAGGAAAGCCAACAUCUAGAACAUAGCACAGUAGCCUAAAGCAGACACAUUCUUAUGCAAUAUUAUUGUAUUCUUUGUGUUCACCUGAAUCUUUAGCCUCACAACUUACCACAAUGCAAACCCAUGGCGGGUUACGCUACUGUUAUUCAACUCUCCUAGCAUGUACAGCCACUAAGAGAUUUCCACUUAAUUAAACAUCACCUCACUCUUGUUGAACAGGAUACACAUAUCACUUCCCAAGCUCCUCGUACUAACAGAAUAACUUUACCUUAUUGGGAAGCUCUUAAGGGUGCUGGGAUUUUGUUAUUGCUGCUGGGGUUUACUGCACAUACCUCCCAGUCACUCAGAAUUUCUCUUUUGAGACACAGUGAGCUUUCAUCCUCCACUAGGAUUUGCCUAGGGCAAAGUCUUAAAGGGAUACUUCUGGAUUUUGGCAAUGAGGCUCUUUGUCUACUUUCCCAGAGUCAGAUGAACUCGUGGAUACCAUUUUAUGUCUCUGUCCAGUUAUAGGUAGUUUCCCGAGCCAAUGCUAACUAACGUUAGUGCAAUGACUGAAAGUCUAUGGGUAUUGAAAUGUUAGACUAAGCAGAUGACCUAGUCAACUAAAAUAGUAGCUGCUAUCCUUAUGGAGGCACAAGUCAGACACAAGACUUGACAGAAGUAGCAUUGCAUUGUACUAUAGGAAUCAAGAUGUUAAAUAUUCUUAUACAAACUAUGUGCAUUUACAAAAGUGUAAAAAGUUGAAAUGCAGUUCAGAUAAAGAUGAAGAUGUAAAAAGAAACAGCAGCUGUGAUUUUAAAGUUAUUAUUUAGAUAGUGUUUCACUCAUAAGCAGGUCCUGCUCUCCGUGUUUAAGAUUCCAGUUCAAGUGAUGGGGAAAGCUCAGUGGUUAGUGGGGUUUGGUUUUGGAUCGUUGUAAAUAUUGUGAAAUAGUUGCUUACAGCUUGGAGGUGAGAAUUUUUAUGUGUAAAAUAAAUGACAAAACUGUGGGCCAUCACUGAUGAUUGUCAGGGUUCCUGCUCUGCAGUCCCUUUAUUGUUAAUGGAAUUAAAACGUGAUGGAGAUUUUUA